AUGUUGCCUAUUGAUCUCCCUCUCACGCUCACACAGCUUGCGUCAAGUGGCUUUGGUACGGAAUAUUGGAAACUGCAAAACCUUGCUUUCCUGCAUCAGCUUAAAGAAGUAACCAUACAGUAUUCCGACGAGUUUUCAACGUAUAUCCUUGAGAAUGCUCAAAAUUUGAAGAAAAUUGUCAUUUUUCUUGGCUGCGAAGAUGACCAAUCAAAAGCUGCAGAGAUGGUGAGCAGGAUCAAGAUGAUUUCUACUGCCACAAUUAUCAUUCGGAGGAACGAAUAA